ACACUUCAACAUCAACAUCACCAUCAUCCAGUUGGGAAGUGUAGGGCGUAGGAAAAUGAAAACAAAAAAUAGCUUGGAUUUGACAUUGUCAGACAGUCAGCCAGCCAGCCAUCCAUCCAUUCAGUCAACCAAGCAGAGCAGCCAGCAUCAUCAGCUGUGUAGUAGUGUUGUUGGCAGAACGGUAGCAUCAGUGCAUUCGCUUCUUGGCCAUAACGCGUGUUGGUUUAUAAACGUUGGAAUUGCGGUCUAGAAUUAAAAAAAAUAAUAAUAAAAAUACUAAAAAAAUACUCAUAUAAACCAUUUAGAUGGGAUUUAAUUUAAAGUGUGUUAAAGUUAAAAUACGCUAAAAAAAAAACAAAGGAACGCAAAAAACGUUAAAGUGAAAUUGUUAUUUUAUUUCCAACUAUUUCAUUACAAAUCCAGCAUUUAGUAUUUUUAUGCAAUUUUCAUUUAGAACAAGAUUCAUGGGAAAUAUUUUUCUGUAAUGUUUGUGUAGUUACAAGGUUGGCUUCGUCGCCUCCACUUAUUGUUGCAAUAAAUUGAAAAGUUUUUGGUUUUAAUUUUUAUUAUUACAAAAAAAGAAAAAAAAAAGAAAGAAAAACUAAUUAAUUUCAACUGAAAUCAUCUAAUUAAUCUUGUAUAUUUGUUUUGACGACCACGGACGACGACCACCAACCAUGGUAUUAGAAUCCCCACAAUUAACACAAAGAUACAUACGGAGUGUUUCGAAAGACUAUUCAACGGUACGUCGUUUUAGUUCAACUCCAGUGGAUGUAAUAAAUUCCUCACCCUUUUCGCAUAAACCCUCAAUUCGUGGUGUUCGCUCCCGUAAACACGCACGUAAACGUUCAUCAAUUUCAUCGACUCUAACAAAAGUGUUGGUACUGAAUGUGCGUGAUUUGUUGCGUGUUCCAGAUCAAAGUGAUAAUAAUGAUGAGCAUCAGCCUCGCAGUUGGAUUGAAACAAAUUUUCAGAAACGUGAAUGCAUCAAAUUCAUCCCAUGUCCCAAGGACGAUACAAAAUGUUGCUGCGGUCAAGCACGGCAAACACAUCAAACUAUAGCUGGCAUCGAAAGCGGAUCACCCGGUGAUUUAUGGAUGCCCACCAAACAUACCAGAGCUCAGCCAACAGAUGCUUAUGGUACAAUAGAAUUUCAAGGUGGUGCCCAUCCAACAAAAGCCCAGUAUGUCCGUUUAUCAUUCGAUACCCGUCCUGAAUUGCUAGUACAACUUUUUACCAAAGAAUGGAAUUUAGAAUUACCAAAGCUGCUGAUAACAGUACAAGGUGGCAAAGCUAAUUUCGAACUGCAGCCAAAAUUGAAAAAGGAAAUUCGAAAAGGCUUACUGAAAGCUGCCAAAACAACGGGAGCGUGGAUAUUUACUGGUGGCACAAAUACAGGUGUAACCAAACAAGUUGGUGAUGCUUUGCUGUUGGAAGGCCAGCAAAGGACUGGCCGAGUUGUCAGUAUUGGUAUUGCACCCUGGGGUAUUGUUGAACGUAAUCAUGAACUUUUGGGCCAUAAUCGUGAGGUACCGUGUCACAGCAUCAGUUCACCCAGGUCCAAAUUGGCUGUGCUAAAUAAUCGUCACGCUUAUUUUCUUUUGGUCGACAAUGGCACACAAGCAAAAUAUGGUGCCGAACUGAUAUUAAGAAGAAAAUUGGAAAAGUUUAUUUCAAAUCUGAAACUGCACCCAUUUACACAUUCCAGUACACCCGUAGUUUGUCUUGUUAUCGAGGGCGGUACAAACACAAUACGUGCAGUUUUAGAAUACGUGACAGAUACACCACCCGUGCCUGUGGUUGUGUGCGAUGGCUCUGGGCGUGCUGCCGAUUUAAUAGCUUUUGUUCACAAAUACGCAUCGGAUGGCGAUGAGCAACCCGUUUUGGAAUCCAUGCGAGAUUAUUUAAUUAGUACAAUACAAAAAACAUUUGAAGUCGUCUCGGAUCAAGCAGAAAAACUUUAUCAAGAACUUUUACAAUGCACACGCAACAAAAAUUUGAUCACGAUAUUUCGAAUUCAGGAAAAGCCCGAAGGUGAAGCCCAGGAAUUGGAUCAAACCAUUUUAACGGCACUUUUCAAAUCACAACAUUUAAGCCCGCCUGAACAGUUGAGUUUAGCACUGACGUGGAAUCGUGUUGAUAUUGCACGCAGUGAAAUCUUUGUCUAUGGCCAAGAAUGGCCAUUAGGAGCUUUGGAUGAGGCCAUGAUGCAGGCAUUGGAACAUGAUAGAAUAGAUUUUGUGAAAUUACUUUUAGAAAAUGGUGUUUCAAUGAAAAAAUUUUUGACAAUACCACGCCUUGAGGAACUUUAUAAUACAAAACAUGGUCCAGCAAAUACUUUAGGUUAUAUUUUACGUGAUGUACGUCCUCAUAUACCCAAGGGAUACGUGUAUACACUGCAUGAUAUUGGUCUAGUUAUUAAUAAAUUAAUGGGUGGUGCCUAUAGAUCUUAUUAUACUCGUCGAAAAUUUCGUCCCAUUUACGCCAAAGUUAUGAACAGUUACGCAAAUGCACAUCGAAAAUCCUCAACUUAUCAACGUUAUGCCGGUGCGAAUUCAUUAAGUUUGGUAACAGGUCUAUUGCCCUUCACAUCCGAAAUGGCACUUUUUGAAUUUCCGUUCAAUGAACUCUUGAUUUGGGCUGUGCUAACGAAACGACAACAAAUGGCUUUACUAAUGUGGACACAUGGUGAGGAGGCUUUAGCCAAAUCCCUGGUAGCGUGUAAACUUUACAAGGCCAUGGCUCAUGAGGCAGCCGAAGAUGAUUUGGAUACAGAAAUUUAUGAAGAACUACGUUCCUAUGCCAAAGAAUUCGAAAGUAAAGGCAUCAAAUUGCUGGAUUUCAGCUACAGAACAGAUGGCGAGAAGGCACAACGUUUGCUAACGUGUGAACUACAUUCAUGGUCCAAUCAAAGCUGUCUUUCUCUGGCUGUAGCCGCGAAUCAUCGUGCUUUACUGGCACAUCCAUGCAGUCAAGUUAUUUUAGCUGAUCUAUGGAUGGGUGGAUUACGUACCCGGAAAAAUACAAAUUUUAAGGUUAUACUAGGUCUUGUUUUGCCAUUUUAUAUUAAACAUUUGGAUUUCAAAUCCAAGGAAGAACUUCAACAGAUGCCUCAAACUGAGGAAGAACAUUUAGAAAAUCAAAAUUUGGACAAUGAUGACUCAGAUCGUUCACAUCCCGAUGCAGAGGCACUUUUGGCGGAUACAUAUUCAUUGCGUGAUACCAAAGUACAUGAAAACGGAAAAGUAUCAUUAACGGACUCGGAUCCAUCGCAAUUUCGAGAAUUUUUUCAUACAACUGACUAUGAAGUAAAACAGCAUCAACCUUUAAGGCUGAAAAAGAAAGUGUAUGAAUUUUAUACGGCUCCAAUAACGAAAUUCUGGGCUGAUUCGAUGGCCUACAUGUUUUUCCUUUUGAUGUUCACAUUUACGGUUUUGGUUAAAAUGGAGCAUAAACCACGAUGGCAGGAAAUAUAUUCGAUUGCAUACAUAGCAACAUUGGGAUUUGAGAAAAUUCGUGAAAUCAUUUCCUCGGAACCAGUGGCAAUAACACAUAAGUUUUCAGUUUGGGCUUGGAACAUGUGGAAUCCUUGUGAUGGUGCGGCUAUUAUACUAUUUUUCAUUGGACUGUCAUUGCGUUUUCGACCAAAUACCAUGGACAUUGGAAGAGUUAUUUAUUGUGUUGACAGCAUCUACUGGUAUUUAAGAAUUUUAAAUAUUUUAGGUGUUAACAAGUAUUUGGGUCCACUUGUGACAAUGAUGGGUAAAAUGGUUAAAAACAUGAUUUAUUUUGUCGUCCUCUUGGCUGUGGUCUUGAUGAGUUUUGGUGUCAGUCGUCAGGCUAUAUUAUUUCCCAAUAUGGAGCCCACUUGGCGUCUUAUAAGAGAGGUUAUUGCUGGUUCCAUAGUAGCACCAGGAUUUUUGGGAGCCUUAAGACACAAUAGCCCAUCACAUGGUUCGCGAGAUUCUACUGGUGGCAUUGGUGGCUACAUGUCAUCCCAUCAUCGUGGCCAUUCAACAAUGUCACAUCAAACCACAUCGACAUCAUCGUCAGCGCCACCACAACAUGCCACAACAUCUGGACAAAUUUUGCAAAGAUCCGAACUCUUUAACAUUUUAAGUGGCAAUAUGACCAAUAAUGUCACUUAUCAACCGUACUUCAUGUUGUAUGGUGAAGUGUUUGCAGAUGAUAUUGAUCCACCAUGUGGUGAAAAUCCAAGUCAACCCGCUUGUGUUACAGGACACUGGGUUACUCCAAUAACAAUGUCAAUGUAUUUGUUGAUAGCAAAUAUUUUAUUAAUCAAUUUAUUAAUUGCUGUAUUCAAUAAUAUUUUCAACGAAGUCAAUUCGGUUUCACAUCAGGUGUGGAUGUUCCAACGUUUCACCGUAGUCAUGGAAUAUCAACAGAAGCCGGUGCUUCCACCUCCAUUCAUAGCUUUUUGCCAUUUCUAUUCGCUGCUCAAGUAUUGUAUACGUAAAGCCAAAGGAUUGGAAGUGCAACGGGACAAUGGUUUGAAGCUCUUCUUGGAAAAGGAUGAUCUCGAACGUUUGUACGAUUUUGAAGAGGAGUGUGUCGAAGGCUUCUUUCACGAACAGGAAAUUAUUUUGAAUCAAUCGACUGAGGAGCGUGUUAAGAAUACCACAGAACGUGUCGAGACAAUGGCGCAAAAAAUCGAGGACAUAAAUCAAAAGGAGAAUUUACAAACUGCCACCGUACAGAAUAUCGAGUUUCGUUUACGUAAAAUGGAAGAAUCGUCGGAGCAAAUUUUGAAUCAUUUAGCAGUGAUUCAUCGUUUUAUGGCCAUGCAUACAAUGGGACAAGACGAUUUCAAUUCAUCCAAUAUAAAUAUACCUGGGGACUUUCAACGUAUACGAACCAUAUCCGUAUCUGAUAAUGAAGCUGCUGGUGCAGGUAGUGGUAAUGGCGGUGGUGGUGGCGGUGGAUUCGGUGGUGGAGGCGGUGGUUUAGGAGGUUUAUCGAACAGUUUACAGGUAACAAAUCGUCGUCGAUUCAAUCGUUCAUUAACAGAAGUUCGACCAGAUGCAUACAUAUUCGAUGAUGGUACACACUUUGAAGUAGUUCCCGUGCCUGAAGAAUCAGAUGAGAUUGUCAAGUCACGAGAAGCACUUAAUGAGCAGGUAGUGCGCAAAAUAUCUGUGCAAUCCGAAUCGGAUUCUGAUGCUUAUGUGCCGCUGUCACAACGACCUUCUACAUGUGAGACAAUAAAACGUACACCAUACGUAACCGUACGACAGGAUACCGGAGCAAGUACGGAAAGUAAGGACACCCUAACGCCAUUGGGGAAUGACGAUGACCACACACUGGUGGGUGAGAAUUCUGAUGAAACGGGACCAGACAUAACUUUCGAAGCUGCCAGACAUCGAGCUAUGCGCCAACGUACUGUAUCCCUGUGUCGCAGAAAUUCUGAGACGUGUUCUAUUGUUGGCGACAUAAGUCGUUCCCAUAUAAGUCUGAAUCAAUUACAUUUAACACGUCGUCAAAUGAGUCUUACGCAAUCGGAACCAGACAGCGAUAAGGAUGCACAAACAGGAAAAUCUGUACUGCAUGCAAAACCCUCGAGAAACAUUCUCUUGAAAUUGCAUAGCGAUUACACUUCCAUCACUGAUGAAUUGGAGAGUGUUUGCCACAUGAUUACCUCACCCACAGUAUCUCUUCCAAGUCAUAAGACAUCAUUGGAUAGACCAAAAACGGACAUGUCAAAAGCCGAAAGAGCAGCUCUACUAGAAAAGCAACAUUUAAAAGAAUGCGAAGAAAAUGAUUAUCAAAUGCUUGAAGGUCUCUUUACGGCGCGUGCCUCAAUAGAUGAUACCGAUGACUCAUAUGAGGCUGGUGCAUCUGUUGACUACAGUCAUCGACAUCCUCUGAGACGAGAGACUGCUAUCGAAUUGUCACCGUCUAAACCACCAGCCGAUGGCGGAGUAAUUGGUGCUUGUGAUAGUAGUGACACUAGUGGCCCAGCUGCUGGUGUUUUUGAAGUGAAAAAUGAACGUCCCUGGCAACGUAAUGCCUCCAUGGAACAACAACAAACAUAUCAUUCACCGGUAGUGCCACAACGUGCUACCAGUGAGUUUUUAAAUCCACCGUAUGAGAGCACCGGACGACUCUUCAAGAAGUCCAGUGAAAGUUUACAGAAGAAUUCCAGCACCGACACUGACUAUUCAGCGCAUCCAUAUCGUUUUAUUAAGCAAAGUUCAAAUGAUACCACCACCUCUAUGACCGGCUCGUACAAUAUCGACACACCAUCUUUGACGGCUGAGCCCUCUCUUGAUGCAGUUGAUACCCAGUCACAAUCACAAUCGCAGACGUUAGCGACGACAGUGCUCGAGGGUGGUGUUAGUUUAAGUGGAGGUAGUAGUCUGAGCAUCUCUGCCCGUUAUCAACCGUUGCGUACCUCGUCCGUUGGUGCUUCGGAUGUUAAGCGCUCAACUGACGAAGGUUCAUCUUCCCUCGAUUUUGGAACAACGAAUAUAAUGGCGCAGGUGCAACCGCCUCCACGGGCUAUGCAAUUGAAGAAACAGUUUAGCUUGGACCAAGGCAAGCAGCCACCACCGAUACCACCAACCUCACGUUUAUCAAGCACCGAUACGCCCACCUCCACCACAGAAUUACCACCCUCAUCAUCAUCCUCGGCAUCAGCGUCCGCCAAAUUACAACCACUUUCUAAACACACAGCUACAAUAGCCGCAGGUGCUGUAUUGCCUUCAUCGGUUCCUGCCAAAUUGAUUUCCUCACUUAAACCACCGCUCACCAGUAAACUCGGCAUGAACAUACUCAAAGAGAGUAGCUCGAGCACUGAAGAAUCCAAGGAUGGUGACCAGACUGCUGUCGCAUCAAGCGGCACCAUGGUAACCAUACCACAAAUAAGCACAGAUCUUGUACAAGAUGAAAUCGCAAAACUAUCGUCGAACAUCAAGAGCAGCACCGAAUCUGAAAAGGAUCCGCCCUACAAUGAAACAAUGUGCUGAUUUUUAUUGAAACUUGGAAUGAUUAUUGCCAUAAUAUCGUUAUCUAAAGAAAUUCCCCAACACCCGCAGCAUUCUGGCUCCUCAUCUCAUCAUGGUCCCCAUUAUUCCUACUAUGGUGAUGAUGGCUCAACGGAAUGGGAAUUCAACUGAGAGAAAUUCUAUUUUUUUCAAUUGUAAAUAGUUAGAAAUUUGAUUUUGUAAAAAUAUUAAAGCAAACAAAAAUAAUGAUGUGCAUAUACAAUACAUUUCGGUUGUUUAGAAACGCAUAAUGUCAAGACAAACCCCUCCCCCAUACCCACGACCUCCCCAAAUCCGCGCAGUAUCUGUAAAAUGUUAAAGUUUUAAAAUCAAAGUCAAAAUUAAAUCUAAGCUAAUCUUAAAUAAUCGUAUUAAAUCAAAUAGUAAUUACAAUAAUAUUCUUAAAAUUACCGUUAAUUAUAAACUAAUUUAUUUAGAGUCCAUUAAUUAGAUGAUUGAUUAUCUGCAAAAAGACCAUUUGUAUACAUAGAAAUAAUUAGAAAUGUUUAAAUUAUUACUUAUAUACUAAAUAUAUACAUAUAUAUAAGUAUGGCUGUAUGUAUUUGUGUGUCUGUGUGAUGUACUAUAUUUUUAAAUCGUGUAUUUGUGUUUUAUUUUUUAAAUAUUUAUGUACUUAAAUUAUAUAUUUAAGAAUUGCCAUUUAUUAAAACAAAUUUAAAAUCUAUAAAAUUAUUACCUAUUAUGUUUUUAGACAAAUACAAAUAAAACAAAAACAAA